CGUAAACUGUAUAAAUAAAUUUAAAUUACUGGAAAAUAGCUCGAUGUGUCAGUAGUGUUCGGACCGCUCGAGAAUGAACAUACAAAAAGCAACUAACGUCAAACCAGAACUGCAGCAUGUCAGUCGAGACAAGAGGGCUCAAAUUCUUGGUCUGGGCCCCCACAAAAACUUCCGGGGGUGCACCAUUUGGUUCACGGGCUUGUCCGGUGCUGGAAAAACCACCGUGUCUUUCAAUGUGGAGGAGUAUCUGGUCAGCCACGGCAUACCAGCCUACAGCUUAGAUGGGGACAACAUGCGCCACGGCCUGAACAAGAACCUGGGGUUUUCCCCGGAAGACCGCGAGGAAAACAUCAGGAGGGUGGCCGAGGUGGCCAAACUCUUCGCCGACGCCGGACACGUCUGCCUCUGCAGCUUCGUGUCCCCUUUCGUGGCCGACCGCAAGGUGGCCAGGGGCAUUCACGAGAGCAGCGGUUUACCUUUCUACGAGGUGUUCGUGGACACCCCCUUGGAGGUGUGCGAGAAGAGGGACAACAAGGGUCUUUACCAGAAGGCCAGGCAGGGGUUGAUCAAAGGGUUCACCGGGAUCGACCAGGAGUACCAGAAGCCCGAGCAUCCCGAGCUGGUGCUGAAGGCAGCCAAUAUGAGCGUUGAGGAGGCCACUAGGUUGGUGCUGGAGAUGCUUGGAGAAAAUGGAGUAAUUCCGAAAUUACUCCAAAACGGAACCAGCAACAACCUAGCAAAUGGAGAUAUAUUUUCCAGUUGUGACAGCGCAGUCCCGGAAUUGUUUGUUCCAGAGUACAGAGUAAAAGAAACCAUAAAUGAAGCCGACGGCUUUCCUAGGAUAAACAUCGGCAUCAUUGACUUACAGUGGGUGCAAGUACUCAGCGAGGGAUGGGCCUAUCCUCUGAGGGGUUUUAUGAGGGAAAAUGAGUUCCUGCAGGUACUACAUUUUAACACUAUAGAAAAGGACGGAACUAGGAUAAAUCAAAGUAUUCCAAUCGUACUGCCGAUCGCCACAGAAGACAAAGACAGAAUAGAAGGCAAAAAGGCGGUUUCUUUGUAUUAUGAAAACGAGUUGUACGCUAUUCUUAGGGAUCCAGAAGUUUACUAUCACAGGAAAGAGGAAAGGGUAUCCAGGCAGUUUGGCACCUCCCUUAAGGACCAUCCGCAUAUCAAGCUAAUUUACGAGUCUGGAGACUGGCUUCUCGGCGGCGAUCUGGACGUCGUCAGACGGAUAAAAUGGCACGAUGGUCUCGACGACUACCGGCUCACCCCCAACCAGCUACGUCAGCGGUUCCGCCAGAUGGGCGCCGACGCCGUCUUCGCCUUCCAACUACGCAACCCCAUCCACAACGGCCACGCCCUCCUCAUGACCGACACCAACCGCAUGCUAAAUGAAAGAGGGUACAAGAAGCCCGUGCUCCUGCUCAAUCCUCUAGGCGGUUGGACGAAAGACGACGACGUACCGUUGAAGGUGAGGAUGAAGCAGCACCAGGCAGUGCUGGAGGACAACGUGCUCGACAAGGAAGCCACAGUGCUGGCCAUCUUCCCCAGUCCGAUGAUGUACGCUGGCCCAACAGAGGUACAAUGGCAUGCGAAGGCGAGGAUGGUCGCUGGCGCCAACCACUACAUCGUGGGCAGAGACCCUGCGGGAGUACCGCAUCCCAGAGGCAAGGAAGCCACUCCGGACGGCAACCUAUACGACUCCACACAUGGCGCUCGCGUUCUUAGGAUGGCUCCAGGUUUGUCAGCUUUGGAAAUCAUACCGUUCAGGGUUGCUGCUUAUGAUAUCAAGAAUAAGAAGAUGACCUUCUUCCAGCCGGAAAGGAAGGAGGAGUUCGACUUCAUCUCAGGGACUAGAAUGAGAAAACUAGCAAGGACUGGAGAAGAUCCUCCUGAUGGCUUCAUGGCGCCGAAGGCGUGGCAGGUUAUUUCAGAUUAUUACCGGUCUUUGGAGGCUAAGUCCUGAUUGUACUUUUUUUGUAUUUAUUUAAAAACUAUGUAUUUUUUGCACUAGCGAAUAAACUUUAUGGGCAUGCAUAUUGUAGAUGGAUAUAUAUUUGUUAAUAUUACAGUAUUAUAAUUAUCAGUUAUGUAAUAAAAAUAAAAACAAA